AUGAGUUUCUACAAACUUCCAGAAAGUUGCUGUCAUGAUAUUGAAGCAAUGAUAACUAGGUUCUGGUGGGGAUCAAAUGGAGGAAAGAAAAAGAUUCAUUGGUUGAGCUGGGAGAAGCUGUCUGUGGCUAAAAGUGAGGGUGGCUUGAGAUUACUCACGGACGGGGAUUCCUUUCUAGGGAAGGUGUUAAAAGGAAGAUAUUAUCCUCGUCGGUCCAUUGAUGAAGCAACGAUGGGAUUAAAUUCAAGUUUUGCGCGGAGAAGUAUCCUUAGACCCAGAGAUGUGGUGUCAAGAGGCACUCGGUGGAGGAUUGGAAAUGGUGAGAGUGUGAGGAUUUGGAAUAAUAACUGGAUUUUGGAGAAUCCCAGAUUCAAAGUUCUCAGUCACAUUGGUAAUCGUGACAGAGAUGUUAAGGUCAACGAUCUGAUUGAUGUCGACCUUGGAACUUGGAAUACAGCACGGGUCCAUGUAGUUUUUCCCCCUUCAAAGGCUAAAUAA